CCGGCUCCUCCGCCGUCCCGUGAUGCACCGCGAUUGUUGGGUGCGUCGGCAUUGGGUCCACCUGUAGUCGGUGGUGCGGCGGGGGGGUGCAGCAAGAUGGCGGAGAGUGAUUACGAGUCGGUGCUCUGUGUGAAGCCGGAGGUUCACGUUUACAGGAUCCCGCCGAGGGCAACGAACCGGGGCUACAGAGCUGCAGAUUGGAAGUUGGACCAACCUGAUUGGACUGGGAGACUCCGGAUAACAGCAAAAGGAAAUACUGCUUACAUUAAAUUGGAAGACAAGAUUUCAGGAGAGUUGUUCGCACAAUCCCCAGUGGACCAGUUUCCUGGGAUUGCAGUGGAGAGUGUUGUUGAUUCAAGCAGAUACUUUGUCAUUCGCAUCGAAGAUGGAAAUGGGCGACGUGCAUUCAUUGGCAUUGGAUUUGUUGACCGGGGAGAUGCUUUUGAUUUUAAUGUCGGUCUCCAGGAUCACUUCAAAUGGGUUAAGCAGCAGAGUGAACUUGCCAAACAAGCUCAGAAUCCAGACUCUGGACCUAAAUUGGAUUUAGGAUUUAAAGAGGGGCAGACCAUCAAGCUAAAUAUUGGGAAUGUACGGAAAAAGGAGAACUCAUCGACUAAACCACGUCUAACUGGUACUGGAAUAGGCCUACUACCACCACCUCCAGGGACUAAAACACCAAUUCUGCUGCCACCGCCAGGGUCACAAGGCAUGACACAACAACCUACACAGUCAUCUUCUACAGAAUUACUGGAAGGCUUUGAUGCCCCAAAUCCAUCUCCUGCUUUGGCUUCUCAUACUGCCACAACUGACCUUUGGGGAGACUUUGCAGCAGCAACUAGCCCUGCUACCACCCAAGUGACCCAGAGCACUCACUGGGUUCAGUUUUGACAUGGGGUAGCCUUCUGCAUUCUCCUUUGAAAUUGCAAUCCUGAGAGACCAUAACUGACAAUUCUUUUAUGAUGAGAUUCUUGGAGAUGGAACCUACUGGGAAUCCAUGGUGCCCGAGCCAGCAGGAUUCAGGACUCUCAGGCUGCAGCUUUGGGAUUUUUCAUUUCCAUCAAUAGUGCAUCUCUACCAGAAUAUCUGUCCCAUCCUUGUAACCACAGUGUUCGCAAGAGCCCAGAUAUGCAUUACCAUGUAGCAAUGCUUUUGCCUCACAAGUGAUUGGACUCCAUUUCAUAAAGGUCGAUGGGACACAAAUGUAUAAUGAAAAGAAGUUACCAUGUAUUUGAAUUUUAUUUUUUACACAGAAGCGUAUAAUGUGUAAUAAUGGUCCUAACUGAAACGUUUCUUAAGCACAUCAUAUACAGUUGUUUCACACACUGUUUUCAAUAGAUUCCAUUCCGUACAUAAUCUUCCAAUGUAACAGCUUGUGGGGUGGGGAAGGGUACUGUGAAGAACUAAUUUGUACUUAAAGAACAAAGCAUUAUAUGAUUCACUGAGGUCCCACAGAAUCACGUGCCACACUAGGAAACAUGUGCGUGACAUAUAUCUUCUUCCAAGUGGUGGUUUUGUAAUCUGUGGUGGAUUGAUGUGGGUGGUGAUUGGUGUGGUUUAGAGUAGCAAAAAACUGGGCCUUUAAAUAUUAUCUGCUUUUCUUUUCCAAAAUAUUUGUCCGCUUUGGCCAGCAACCUUUAACUUUUGGGCUGACCUGUGAACUAUUUGUGUCUGUAAAUAAGAGUUUGUCUAUUUCAGUAUUUAUACAAAUUGGAGGGGGGUGGGGGGGGGGUGGAAUUUGGGAGCUGUUAAUGUUAAUGCUGCGUUAAAAUCAGGGAAUUUCUUUAGAGUUGGAAGUGUUCCAAAUAAAAAAGUGUAUUAAAACAAUUUCUAUUUGGAUAUUUGAGAUUUUACGUUGGUUCAGUGUGCCUCACGAACAGUUACCACUGAAGCUUAGCUGCUGUUAUACUGAUGAACACAGUGAGUUAAUUUGCACCUGUAUGGAUCUACAUGCAGUGCUAAGUUGAAUGACCAACAACCUUUCUGGAUUGUUAGUUGUUGAAGGAAUAUCAGUCAGGAUAUCUGGAGAACAUUUUGCUCUUCUUUCAAUGGUACUGAGAGACAUUUGGUCCCCAAUGGAACAGAUAACCCUGAGAGGCUACAUCUACAAAUAUGCACUUCUAUAUUGGGAGAUCAGCUUAGAUUAAAGUCAAGCAUGGGAUUUGAACCCAGUAUCUACUAAUGCUGAGCCAAAUGUAUAACUAAUUGAGUUGACAUUUAGAAAUGCAGUACUCCAAGAGAAAUUGAUUUAAUUUAUGAAAAAAAGAUACAAUACCUGCAGAGGUGAAAGAAGAAAUUCCGCUGUCACCUUGGUGACAACCUUUCACUGUUUACCAGAACAUUAAAGCAAGAUGAAUAUUAAAACAUAUUGUUCCCAAAUCUCAAGAGUGUUGUGUAAGAGAAAGCUGAAUUAUGGCUUGUUAGUGUCGGCAGUGGCGGGGGGAGAUGUUUGCUAUUAGUUACCUGCCACCACAACUGCAGAACAAAGCCUCUGUCCAGGACUAUCCCCCGCACUGGCUCAGAUAACCAUUUUACAUAAAGGAGAGUAAUUCUACAACAAGCCCCGCCCAGGGACGCUGAAGGAGAACUUUACAUUCCAACAUUGUCCGCAGGAGCUCAGCUAGGGAUCAUCCACUGUUCACCUGACUCUUGAUGUUGUAAGUACUGAUUAUUCCUGAUUUAUGAUUAAGUCGGUGAUGUCUACUAUAGGAUUUAACAAGCGUUUUGUCUUAAUAUUUUUAUUUCUAUGUAACACUUUAUUUGGAUCUGAAAUAAUUAACAAGUUGCAUAAUUGCUAAAAGAUUUGGAAUAGUCAUUCAUUCAGUUUAAAACAAUUCAAAAUCCUAAACAUCAUUAACAGAUUUUUUUUUAGUGUUCAUAAUUCUGAGACCAGGGUAUGAUAGAUGAAUUGACGCAAUAUUUUCUUCCAUUGUACUGGACAAUGAUAAAAACUUUUCACUGCCUUGAAAGUUUGUCUGAAAUUUAUUUUAGAACUACAGUCUCUUUAUUCUGAUGUUGCAGUGUCAAUUGUGAACAUAAAGAGUACCUUUUCUCACUCCAACACAAGCCAUCAAAAUUUAUGUGCCCAGAUUGUGAAGAAUAUCUUGUCAGUUUUCUGUGCCACUGUUACCACCCAGCAGCAUAUUCUUUCACAUACAGUUCUAUUAAUGUCAACUACCAUCUUAUCAUUUAUCGUCUGUGCACUUGGACAGUAAGUAGGAAUUCACUGUGACAUCACUUUAUAUUCAGCCCUGACCAAAGUCCAGAAACUUUGUGGAAGUGGUCUGAAGUACAGCUGACUUUUCUUGCCCAGCUAGAUCACCCUUUCUGCUGUACCCAGUUAAGAUGAAUGGAGCUUCCCACUUUCCUGAGUCUGUAGCUUUUUCUGUUGAACUGCAUGGUUCAUUUAUCAACCUGAGUUCUAAGUGAGAUUGUGAACCAAAAUAAGAGCACAUAUUCUGAGUUUGAUCAUCUCAAAACUGUUGUAGAGCUGUGUGUGAUUGCAGUAGAAUGUAAAAUAUUUGAGUAUUAGGAACUCCUCUUUUGAUUAGUUAAAUUAUUCAAACCAGAAUUGAUCACUUAUAACCAAAGUAGCCAUUCUUUUCUGUUGAGUUGGAAGGUUGUGGGUCUCAGCCCACACCAGAAACAUGAAUACAUAAUCUAAACUUACACUUCACCAGAGUAUGGAGGAACCGUUGUAUUGACCAUAGUGCUUUUAGGUGAAAUGGCUGUUAAGAAAAAUUCCACAGUACUGUUCAGUGAAGAGCAGAUAUGUUCUUCAAGUGUUCUGGACAAGAGUUAUUCCUUAACAAAUCAUCACUCUCUUAAAAUCAUUUUUCUUAUUGCUAUUUAUGAAUCGUGUGCAAAUUGAAUGCCAUGUUGCCUCACAUGACUACAAUGACCAUACUUUAAAAUGUAACUAGUUACCUGUAAAGCACUUUUUCACAUCUAAAGUUUGCAUAUGAUGCUAUAUAAGUACACAUUUGUUUUGUCUAAAUGUAUGUAAUUUAUAAAUCUUACUCUUCAGGGUUGAUAAAUUUCAGCAGGAUUUCUGAUCAUGGCUUAAUUUUUUUAGAGCUAAUUCUUUUUAAUAAAGAAUGAAGGCCUGUAACAUAAAACUGGUCACUGUUAAAGUUGAAUAAUGUGUGUGUUAAAUCAGUUAUUAGAUAAGUUUCAAUUUUUAAAACCUGUUGAUUGUAGGAAAACUGGCAAUGAGAGGUUUGCAGAAUUGUUAAAGAGGCUAUUUUGAA